CCCUCCCCUCUCUGGACUUUGUCCUUACUGGCCAGGCUGGGGGCCAGAGUCUGCGCCUGACUCAUCCUCCACCUCACCAGUGCUGAAUUGCGGCAUUUUUAACUGAAAACACCACUUCAGAGUUCAGCACGGGAGAAAAAUCAUAUCAUCCAGCCCAGAGUCACUGGAGCGGUGACUCUCCGACUCCUUCCACCAUGGAGUACCUCUCAGCCCUGAACCCCAGCGGCCUGCUCAGGUCAGUAUCCAACAUGAGUUCCGACCUUAGCCGUAAGGUCUGGACCUCAGCUCCACCUCCCCAGCGACCUUUUCGUGUCUGCGAUCACAAGCGGACCAUCCGGAAAGGUCUGACAGCUGCCACCCGCCAGGAGCUGCUAGACAAGGCAGAGAAGACCCUGCUGCUGAGUGAAGACCUUACACUGGUGCUGGAGGAGGAUGGGACUACCGUGGACAGUGAGGACUUCUUCCAGCUGCUGGAAGAUGACACAUGCUUGAUGGUGCUAGAGUCUGGGCAGAGCUGGAGCCCCACAAGGAGUGGAGUGCUAUCAUAUGGCCUGGGCCGAGAGAAGCCUAAGCACAGCAAGGACAUCGCCCGCAUCACCUUCGAUGUAUACAAGCAAAACCCUCGGGACCUCUUUGGCAGCCUGAACGUCAAAGCCACAUUCUACGGGCUCUAUUCCAUGAGUUGUGACUUUCAAGGACUUGGCCCCAAAAAAGUACUCAGGGAGUUCCUGCGUUGGACCUCCAAGCUGCUGCAAGGCCUGGGCCACAUACUGCUGGGAAUCUCCUCCACCCUCCGCCAUGUACUGGAGGGUGCUGAGCAGUGGCAGCAUCGCCAGGGUCGCCUCCAUGCCUACUGAGAAGGAGCUCUGAGUUUCUGCCCUGAACACAUUCCAAGAGACACACUAUGAGGACUGUGACAGCUUCAGAUUUGGGGACCUGCAGACAAGGCAGGCUAGACAACUUACCCGAUUUUCUUUACUCUCAUCUGACCCAUCACAACAGACCUAAGCCUUACAGCAUCGAGCCUUACGCCCCCUGCCUAUACCCUUUUCCUGAAGGAUGCUGUUCUAUUCCCACAUUCCAGCCUCCCAUUUCCCCUGAAAGGCCACAAGUCUGUCCCCAGGCCUUUGGAUCUCACGUGACCCUGCUACAUGUAGAUAUCCUUUACUGAUCCUCCUGCCCUCAGGGAAGCUCCCCAGCACGCUGAUGACACCCCCUCUGACUUUACCUUGAGAUCUCUGCUUUUCCAUAUCCUCCCCUCAAAAAAACCCCCCACGAACAUUUCCAAUAAAAAUAUAAAAAAGUUUA